AUGACCGCCCCAAGUUCCUCGCCCUCAAGACCGCCUUUUCCUGCCAUUGCGACCAAGGCCUCGUCGACCGCCCAGUCCUCUCAAUUGACCGCCGUCGCAGACAGCAAGCUUACCUCGGGCUCUCGGUCGGCCUCUCAGAGACCUCCCCAUGCCAGACUCCGUCAAGAUGCGCCCGUUCCAGACCCAACGUCGGAGAGGGCGACGUUGUCCCUGAUCAGAAGGACGUUGGUGGCAGAUGGGAGUAAUGGGGCAGACACAAGGCUGUCGCCGGCGCCGAUUGAAGGAAUCUUACCUCCGCUUACCAGUUCCAACGACGUAGAUGUGCAGCUUUAUGCCAUCGUCGCCAUAGUCAUCAAGGACUUUGUGAAUUCGUGGUACUCCAAGAUCACCCCGGACAGGGCAUUCGUGGACGAGGUCAUUCAGAUCAUUGCUCAUUGCAGUCGCGCAUUGGAACAGAGAAUACGCCAGAUUGAUAUCACGGAAUUGGUAUUGGAUGAGCUGCCGGUGCUGGUGGAAAGACAUAUUCAUGCCUACCGCACAGCGACCACUGCUCAAGCCGCUCUGCAGUAUGGGGAAAGUCCCCGACGGAUCUAUCACGCCUUGAAUCCACAUCCAGCCCUCGACCCGUCGCUGCCACCGGAACAGCAACAAGUCUACGAGUCGGCCUAUAGACAACUACUCAUUCAGGGGGCGCUGGCGGUCCUCCUUCCAACCGAAGACCUGGCGAACGCAUGUCUCAGAACCUUGGUGAGCGACAUCAUCUCCGACCUGAUCCUGGGACAGGCACUCGCGCAGAAACUCUGUCAACCAUGGUUUCUACACGGCACCGCCUCCAAGGUUGUGGAGAUCGUGACUUCCCGUCAUGCACCCUCCGCCGAUGACAAGAAUAUCCUCCAGCCAGAGGGACGCCAGAGCCGGUUGGAAAAGUUCGGCCUAUUAUCUUCCAAUACGCCUGCUCAGCAGGGUAAUUCGCCAGACGGUCACCAAUCAUUGCUUAGCGUAUGGUGCUGGAGACUGCUGCAGUACGCUUUCAUCGCAUAUCAGUCUGCGCGGUUUAUUCUCGUCGGUCUGGCCCACGCGCACCAUCUGCCCCGGAGGAGCCGCCAUCAUCAACUGGACGGCUCCACUGCGUCGCCGUCCUCGACCAAGCCACCCCUCUCAUCCGCCCGGCACGCAUCGGACCCCGGUGCGCGAUCCCCACGCGCAGUGAUCAAUUACAGGUUCUUCUCCUGCAUCUCUGCCAUGCUCGAUUUGACGGUCCGCAUGCCGUGGCUGGCAAGCUCAUUGGGGUUCUGGCAGCACAUUCUGAGCACGGGCCCAGGCAGGUACGGGGCUGCAAAUUCCACAGUGGACAAAUUCUUGUAUCACACAAUCUCGACUCGCCUGUUCUCAGCAGCAUUGAUCCCACCUCUCUUACUGCAGAUUCGUGUCCUCAUCUUCCCCAACAACAGCCUUGGUCCGCCUCCUCCGCCACCUCCUUCACCUGAAGAAGCACGCCAGAUCCGUUCCAAAGCCGCCUCCGACAUCCUCUCUCUCAUACCUCAACCGGUAGCCCGAACGUUUUUUGCCGUGCACGGCGAUGGUGGGAUUGAGAACGAAACCGAGACGAUGCGAGAGGAGAUCGAGGAGAGGCUUUUGGGAUGGAUCGACGAUGUCGAAAUGAACAAGUAUCUCGUCUAUGCGAUCUUGGAGUACGUCGUCCUCAAGCUCGUGCCCGAAAUGAAGGACAAGACGCCGAGUGAGCUUCUCGCCGAACGGGGCGUGGAUAUACUCGAUUCCCAGGAAGGCGAAGAAGCCACGGAGAAGGUGAAGGUGAAAGUGAAUGGUGCUUGA